GGUGGCAGUACCAGUGAGACACCUCAGCCUCCUUGGAACAAAAGGGACCGGGGAGACCCUACUGUUGAAAAUGAGGAAACAUUCAUGAACAGAGUUGAACUUAAAGUGAAGAUUCCUGAAGAGCUAAAACCAUGGCUUAUUGAUGACUGGGACUUAAUUACCAGGCAAAAACAGCUCUUUUAUCUUCCUGCCAAGAAGAAAAUGGACUCCAUUUUAGAGGAUUAUGCAAACUAUAAGAAAUCUCGAGGAAACACAGAUAAUAAGGAGUAUGCUGUUAAUGAACUUUUGUCAGGGAUAAAAGGAUAUUUCAGUGUAAUGUUGGGCACCGAGCUACUCUACAAAUGUGAGAGACCGCAGCGUGCUGAAAUCCUUGCAGAUCACCCUGAUGCACCCAUAUCCCAGGUAUAUGGAGCACCACAUCUAUGAGAUAAUUUAUAUGAAUUGGAGCGAUGUUGGCCU